AUGAAACGCGAUGAUUGUCGACCACCAAACACCACGACAGAAGUCUAUCUAGAUGGCUCUACAGCAUCCAAGCCGGAUUCUCGGGCAACCAUUAGAGCCGUCGCUAUUGCGAUCUGCCUGCUAAUCCGUUCCCCUGGAAGUAGUACGGGUCAUUGUGAGGAGGACCUUGAUAUUUUCGAUGAAACCCUGCAUCCCAUGAAAAUUGAACAAUCACCUGACGAAAACCCUUACCUUCCCCCCAGUUUGAAAACCGUUCACCGUUUCAUCAGAAAAAUCUUCCAGAAUGCCCAACUAUCUCCGGAGUGUGCUAUUGUCACCAUGGUAUACCUUGAGAGACUGCUCUACGGCGGUCGGCUGUAUCUCACCGUGUCAAACUGGAAACGGAUUCUGCUCUGUGCGAUUCUCCUCGCCAGCAAGGUGUGGGACGACCAGGCCGUGUGGAACGUCGACUACUGCCAAAUUCUCGACGAGCUCAAGGUCGACGAUGUAAAUGAAUUGGAACGGCGGUUCCUUGAGAUCAUCCAGUUCAACAUCAACGUUCAAAGUUCGGUGUACACGAAGUACUACUUUGACAUCCGAGACCUCACCGUUUUGUGGCACGAGUUCACUCGCCUAACCGUGGACGCUGCCAAGGACCUUGAAGUGAGUCCUCACUGCACCGCUGCCCUUCCACCCCAUCACUCUUUUGUCAUCUGCUAA